AGUUGUUUCACCCCUUGUUGCUACUUGGCAUGGGAGGAGGGCAGGAUGACUAGGUUAAUCAAUCUCUAUAAACGCUAGCAAGCAUGGAACAGAGCGCUAUAUAAAUGUUAGAUAUUAUUAUUUUCGUGCAGUUGUCAUCCUUGAACCCACCCUUUCUGCUGCCAGCUAAGUAAACAAAGAUGUGAAUUCAAAACAAACGGAAACAGAGCAGGAAGGGCGUGAGGCAACCUAAGGCGGCUAAACUCCGCUUAGCCACAAAGCAAGACGCCCUUUACGCUUUCGUUUGGGCUUCCGCCUGUGCCCGGAGGGUACCGUUCGAACUGGGCGCCACUGCGCAGAUGCAAAAAUUUAAAAGAGUUUGCUGCUCACGUCGCCCGUCGAGCCCCUUCCGUUUCAACGCCAUCUUCCAGCCCCACCCACCUGUGCCAACGGAAACCCGAGCCCGUGGCAGUGCAGACACCGGGCCAGAGGGGCAGAGUACCCGGCGCCAGCGUCUAGACAUGUCUGAGGAGCGAGGAGGUGAACAUUUAUCAGUACUAAGCAACCAGGUAAAACAUCCAUUGGAAAUGAAGAGAAAUGGUCACAGCACAGAGGAAACAGAGUUUCUGGUUUUACAUAAAAGAAGACGAGUUGCUUCUUCAGUGGAAGAUAAUACAAUGAGUGCUCAAGAACCUGAUUAUGAGGAUAGUGGAAGUGUUGUGUAUGAAUAUGAACCAGAUUAUGAAUGUGGUAGUGUUAUAUCCGAAGCAUCCUACACAGGACAUUAUCAAAAAACGCUCAUGGAAGUCCUGAACUAUUGCCAGGCAAUGUAUGAUGCAAUCCAGAAACUAGAUAAGAAGUUUGACCUGCUUCAUGGAAAGGUUUCAGAAAUGCAGCUUACUCGGAUGAAGCCUUUGCUUCUCAAACCUAGGCCAGUUGGAUUUACAUAUAGAAGUUCUAAUCGUGUACCUCAUGGAAAAAUUCGAGUACAAAAACCAGCAGAAAGGGAAUCCAGCAUUCAGAUCUCUCCCCCUGGACAGGGAAGUCAGAGCCUAUCUUUGGCAGCAGUGCUACCACAAAAUCAUGUCCAAAACAGCUCUGUGGGAAAGUCUGUUCAGACACCACUUAAAAGUGAAUCACAGCAGCAAGACCUCAGACAGAGUCCACCUCUUCCUACAAUUGUCUCCACACAUUCAUUGUAUCAACCAUUCACUGUAGUAGCCAACAAAAUACCUGAUCUUUCUUCACAAUCCAAGUUGGUCAACUCAGUUGUUGAAAAUACUACCUCAGCUGCAAAAAGUUCUCCAGUAAUAACUACAGUGGUACCAACAAAACCAGAAGCCUGUCUGGGAAGGAAUACUGUCAUGAUGGGAUACCCAUCUUCACAGGAAAAUGCAAGUCUUAGUCAAGAAGUACUUUCAUCUUCUAUUUGUAUCAAUCCUAGUUUUGAGUACAUUGGUGAUCCAAAGAGGAAUGUAAAGGUCCUUGGGACGUAUUUGAUGAAAGCUCGUCAAAAGACCAAACCCAAGUAUGCAGCACGCUACUUGGUUCGAGUUUUGUUCCCCAAGGAAACACUGUUGUGUAGUGUUAUGGGUGUCAGCACAAGAGGUCGAAGCACCUUGGAUCCCAAUAAAGUUGCUGCAAUAAGAGAAUUUCUUGCGACACAUUUUCCUAACUAUGAUCUGAGUGAAUAUGGUAGAGACUGGAAAACCUGCAUUACAAAUGUAAAUGCUAUGAUUCGCUGUCUAUGCUGUGAAACCAAAAUAAGGCCUGAGAAAACUGAAAACAAAGAUAAACUUCCAGUCACCCUAGAUUCACCUAUGUGUGUAGACUUAAAUUAUAAUGAUAAAGAUGGAGAAGUUAAUUCUCAGGUGUCUCAGAAAAUGACUGCCAUAGGAACAAAUGGAACACAGAGUUCAACAUGGGACAGUAAUUCAUUACCUGAAGUGUUUCAAGCGCCUUCAUCUAAGAAAUUGCCAUCUUUAGAACCAAUGCAACUUCUUGGUUAUCCAUGGAGAAAUGUACAGCUGCCAUUUUCAGUGAUCUAUGUGGCAAAGGGAAAGUCCCGUCCAGAGCUUUCAGCACGAUACCUUAUUCGUCACCUCUUUACAGAGGAAGUACUGGUAAAAAGCAAUGUGUAUGGCAGUCUGGAACGUGGCAUGUGUCCACUUGACUGUAACAGGAUUAAUGCUCUCAGAGACUUUCUCCAAGAGAACUAUCCAUCUUAUGACCUAACAGAAACUGGGUAUGAUUGGAAAGCAUGUGUAGCUGCCAUCAAUAGUACAAUCCGAAGUCUUCGACAUGACCAUAAAAAGGCCACAGCAGGAUUCCGUAGGAAAACAUCAAUGAAUGACAAAAAUCCUUCAUAAAACCGUUCUGGAGGAGAUACCAUUUAACUCAAUGGGCCGUUGUUUCAGCCAUCAUGCUUAUGUCUUCUUAUUAUGUAUGUGUCUCAAGUCGUAAUUUUUAAAACAUGUUGGUGCAUUGGCAGUGCAGGAUCACAGGAAAUAAUAGUCAGACUGGUAAGGAAACAGAUAAGUUGUAUUGUAAAAGUGAAACACUGGACAUUCCACAGGCUGUAAAAUGGUCUACUUAACUUGUUUUAAUUCAGGUAGUGCAUAGUGUCAUGAAAGGAAUAGAAUAGUACUUCAGAAGAAGAGUAAAGUGAAAUGGUUAAAAUGAGGAUUUCUUUGAAAUGAAGGUGCAGAAGCUCUCUGGUACCAUAAUUGGAGAGGUAUGCCAUGUUUCUGAUGACAAAGAGCUUUAGUUCAAAAUUAACUCUUAAUUCUUGAAAGAAGCUACAAAGUUUAUAAAGUGCUAAAAUUCCCUUUAAGCUUCCUGAAAUUGAUAAGAUGAGAGUGUCCUUAGCAUUCUGGCCAUAUUCUUUUGCUGGACUCAUGAUAGCACAUAGUGCAUUAAACCCUUCUUUGGUGCAAGUCAAGUAUUUUCUUAAUAGCACAUCUGUUGAGAAUAAAUAUGAAGAAAAAUAAUUUUUUAUACCUGUUUUAGUUCAGUUUGAGUCAUUUGAUUUUUCAAGAAAGAAUCAUGAAGAAUGACAGGUAACUCAACUUAGACUUCUUUGCCAAGAGUGAUUUCUGAAAUGUUUAUUUGAACUUGAAUAUGUUUUCUAUAUUGUCUUUAGAAUUCUAUUAAAUAUAUACAUUUUAAAUUAAUAUGUAAAGGGCUUAAGAACUGUAAGUUGAUAGAUUUUUUUACCAGAAACUUUUUUAAAGAAAAAGUUGAUUUUAAAAUAUCUAAUUAGAAUUAUUAGUGGAUUUGUUGCACCACUAAAAAAAAUGCCCUACUUUGAGUAUAAAUUUAGUUUUUAUUUCUAACAGAAUAAAAUACUUUAUUUUCAAGAAAGUACUUGAAGCCAUAAUAAAUAUGUUAAUCAUUAGAUCUUUGUAACUUGGUAUUUAUAUCUGUGAAACAUUUCUAUUGAAUGUUAAUCCAGUUUAUUUCAGUUAUAACAAUACCAUCAUCUUUGUCUACUAGUUGGAAUUUAGCCAAGUUAAUUUUUAUAAUAGUCUCAAAUAUUCUUCAGAAGGUAAAUGUUUAAUUUGCCUGUCAGCAAUCUGCUUUUAGUUAUAUCCAUUUGUUUAAGACAUGUGAUUUAUGACUUUAACUUAGAAUAAUUAAAAUAUAGUUGAAUUUAAUUUUUAGAUAUAUGAACUUAAAAGGUAGUUUUGAAUUGGUGAGAGAAGAAUUAGAACAUAUAUCUGUAGAUCAACCAAACCAAGUGAUUAUGAUUAUGGUAAAAAUUUAUACCUUUCUAUGUGAAGACUAUAGAAUAGAUGUAUAUUUUUAUCUUUUGAAAAUUUAAAUAAAUUCUGAGUAUUUUAGUAGUAAUAAAAUAUAUUUUAGACCUUUUUUUUAAAAGGACAAGAUGAAAAGAUUCAGGUACUCAAGAUGCUUUUUGUUGGUAUGUGAAAUAGGGCUGAUUUGGCACAGACACACGGUAAAAAGAAAUGGAAAGCAAAAACCGCAGAUGUGAGAGACUUGUGAAUGAGCUAAACUGCGUCCCAGUAAAUUCAUUGGAUUUGCUGUUUAGAUUAACUUUACCUGAAUACAGGGGCCUCUCCAGUCAUCCUAAUCUAUAUCUUGCCACUAGACCCAGAGGGCUCUGGAGGAGAAAGUGAGGCUGGAGACUUAAAUCCAAUUCACUUGCAAAUCAUGGUAUCGCUUUCCUGACGUCCUGGUCAUCUUGGAAAACUAAGGACAGACCACAACCUGUGUGCUCUUAUAGGCAUAGUUACAUUGCAGCUGCUUGAGCACACAUAGAGUUCAAAGUAGACCAGGAGGUGACUAAGGCAAAUUUCAUUAAAGUUGAUUUCUCGUUUGUGUGUUUUUAUGUACCUUCUAAAAUAGUCUCUCAAUUGAAGGCAGAAACAAAAAAUCCCAAACUUUCCCAGUCAGAAAACAUCUCAGAAGACAUCUUUCAUCGAGUCCUUACUCUGGGGAUCAUUUGUAUCACUGUCCAGAGCACCUUUUAGUUCAGGAUAAUGCCCAAGACUUGAAUGAAAAUGUAUCUAAGUUAUCUUGAAGAAAGCUUAUUUGAUUAGCACAUGUGAUAAAAUUUUUAUUAAUGUUUUUGUACUUUGUUUUAAACUAGCCUGUUUUCUUAGCUUUAUUUUACCAUUUCAUCCUUAGUUAUUAACUUUUCAUAGUUAACCUUAAGCAUAUCUAUAAAAGGUACUAAUGUAAAAACCAACCUAAAAUAUUUCUUUAGAGAAUUUAUUUUUUGUAAAUAGAAAAAUUAAUGUUUUCAACUUUAAAUUUUUACAUAUAUCAAUUUCACAAAUAAAUUAUUGAAAUAGAAUUUUUAAAAUAUAUUUUGCUUAUACCUGUAGCACUAGGCUAUGUGAAUUCCCUUUUUGAUGAAAACAGACUUUUUACAAUAUUUGUAUAGCAUUUUUUGCUGUUAACCGGAUCUGUGUCAUUUUUUUAGUGAGUUACAUAAAUGUCUUAGCACUUAGCUAUAUCUGGCCUCAUAGAUGACAAAGAAAAUGGAAUAAUUGAACACAACAGUAAUAAUUUCCUCAUGGUUGCUAGAGUUGCAAGAAUUUUGAAAGCUUUUGUAAAAAGUAUUUUGAUCUUAGGCAAAAUGUUUUGAGUAUUAAUAUAUUUUUGGAACUCAGAUAUAUGUGCAUAUGUGUAUAUACAUAUGGCAAGUAUUUUUGUUUCAGACAAGAAAGUCUUAGAUCUGUAAGAAGCUUGGUUUCUAUUUAUUUUCAUAUAAUGCAGAAAUUAUAUCACAUAAUACGGAAAUAUUUCAUUGUCUAGUUCAGCCUCAAUGGAAAAUCUCUUUUCUUGGGAAGGUUACAUACUACUGUACCUGUUCAAAAUAAUGAACCUGGACAGAUGGCACAAUAACGAUUUCUCCAGCCUGUGGCAUAAAGUAAUUAAUAUAAGUAAACCCAUGUUAGAUGAACAUUUUUCAGAUAUAGUAGUAAAGAAACAUAGAUGUGUUUAGCAGAAAAAUAAUCAGAAAAUAUCAUUCAUGGCAGUUGAGAAAGCUAGGUCUGCAGUUCCCAAUUGUGUGCAUGGCACCAUGGGCUGCCACAGUGAACCCAUAGAGCCACCAGGACAUUUAAAAUAUUUAACUUUACUGGAUAAUAAAUGGAACUGUUAGGGGCCUGGGGGGAUUUGUUGUUGUUUUGUUCUUGUUUGUUUGUUUUGCCUGUGGACAUUGUGAAAAACUGAGAAAGUUUGGGAGCCUCUAAUUGGGAGUCUCUUAUUCAUUUAUUUCUUGAAGUGCCAGAACAACUAGUUUUUACUUCCAGGAUGAACACGUUCUCUAAUGUAGACAAAUAAAUUGCUUCCCUUUUUAACUUCUGUCACGAGCUUAUGCUUUUAUGGAACAAAAAAAAAAUCUCACUUUGCCUUUUUUUCUCUGUAAAAGUCAUAUGCCACUUUUCAGAUGUAAGAAUUAGCUAAUGCCUAUAGACUUCUAAGAUCUUUUGCAGAGAGGCAAAAUACUUUUAUUAAUAGAAUUUGUAAUCAAAGAUGAAUUUUGUGGAAAUGUUUAAAAGAUUACUUAAAACAGUUUAAUACAACUCUCUCCCAUAAUCUAUUCUUCUAAAUAUUGUUAAAAUUAAGUCCCAGUCUUCUAGAGCAGAGGUGUCAAGCAUGUGGUCCACGAACCACAGCCCACCACACUCUCAGGUAGGGGCCCAAACCAGAUUAAAAUGUAAUUGGAAAAUAUUUAACAAAAUAAGUAAAAAUAUAAUAAGACAUAAGUCACAUAAAAUUUUGAAAUAAAGUUAGUAUACAGCCCACAAAGAUCCUUAUGUAUCAAUUGAUGGCCCCAUCUCUAUUGGAGUUUGACACCACUGUUCUAGAGAACUUUCUGAUAUCAGAUAAAUUAUUUCUUACAUAUUCUAGAAAUGUAGUGUCUUGGUCUAAUAAAAUCAGAUUCUAAUGAUGUCAAAUAUGGCAUCUCUUUUUCUUUCAUUGUGUAAGAAUUGUUUGAGGAAUAAAUUAUUGGUUGUCAAGAAGCUACCUCUGUUAUUUCUUCCUCAGAAUGUUUAUAGCAUUUUUUACUACUGUUAUAUACUUAUAACAUUUUUACUUUUGAUUAUAAGUUUUAACGUUAUGUCUUAUCUUCUCUAAUAAAAUUGUGAGUUCUU